UUCAGCUCAUUUCACCGUUCACCGACGCCGCGUGACGCUUAAACACGGGCAGCGCGCGCCGAACGCGAGGAAGCUCUCGCGCUCUCUCACGCGCAAAAUAACGAAUGCAUACUGAUGAAUUUGAAUCCACCGUGUCAGAUCGGACCCGAGCGUUUUAAUCGAUGUCGGAGUUUUAUCUCUGGAUAUAAGCCGAAUCACCAUCCUCCUCAGCUGAAAGGAAAGACCUCAUCAAAGAGGCAAAUUAUGCCAGCAGUACCAGAGUCCCUGUCUCUGGUGACGUGCCAGCCUGUUGGUGAGACCCUCCGCUCCAGCGCCCACCCCUGUGCCCUCUCCCCUGGCAGGCCCAUGCUGGUGGACGCCCCGCUCAGGCCCACGCCAGCACCAUGAGCGCCAACGGCCCUGCUCCGCCUGCUGCGACUCCUGCAGCGCCCCCGGCAGCCUCCGUACCUGUACCCUCGGUGGUACCGGUCGGCUCGCUGGCCCAGAAGAAGCGGCAGCAGUAUGCCAAGAGCAAAAAACAGGGCAGUUCGGCCAACACACGGCCACAGAGAGCUCUCUUCUGCCUCAACCUCAACAACCCCAUCCGCCGGGCCUGCAUCAGCCUCGUGGAAUGGAAGCCAUUUGAUAUCUUUAUAUUGAUAGCGAUUUUCGCCAACUGCAUGGCCUUAGCUGUAUACAUCCCCUUUCCCGAGGAUGAUUCCAACUCAACCAACCACGACCUGGAAACAGUCGAAUAUGCCUUCCUUAUCAUUUUCACUAUUGAAACCUUCCUGAAGAUCAUAGCAUAUGGCUUGGUGAUGCAUCAGAAUGCGUAUGUCCGAAAUGGAUGGAACAUGCUGGAUUUCGUCAUUGUCGUCAUAGGGUUGUUUAGUGUUGUCUUGGAAAUUUUGACCAAAGAUGGGGAGAAGGAGACUGCUGGAACCCACCCGUCCGCUCACGGUCAUGGAGGGAAACCGGGAGGUUUCGAUGUCAAAGCCCUCAGAGCCUUUCGAGUGCUGCGACCGCUUCGCCUGGUCUCAGGAGUGCCCAGUUUACAGGUGGUGUUGAACUCCAUCAUUAAAGCCAUGGUUCCUCUUCUCCACAUCGCCCUGCUGGUUCUGUUCGUCAUCAUCAUCUACGCCAUCAUCGGUUUGGAGCUUUUCAUUGGAAAAAUGCACGCUACCUGUUACUUUCAAGGGACAGAUAUUGCCGAGGACGAACCCGCGCCGUGUGCCGUUAACGGUCAUGGCCGUACAUGCCCCAUUAACGGCACCAUGUGUAGGGAGGGCUGGCACGGGCCCAACGGAGGCAUCACGAACUUCGACAACUUCAUGUUUGCCAUGCUUACUGUGUUCCAGUGCAUCACCAUGGAGGGCUGGACAGAUGUGCUCUACUGGAUGAAUGAUGCUAUGGGGUUGGAGCUGCCCUGGGUGUACUUUGUGAGCUUGGUCAUCUUCGGCUCUUUCUUCGUCUUGAACCUGGUUCUGGGUGUGUUGAGCGGGGAGUUCUCUAAAGAGCGAGAGAAGGCGAAGGCUCGUGGAGAUUUCCAGAAGCUACGGGAGAAGCAGCAGCUGGAAGAAGAUCUGAAAGGUUAUCUGGACUGGAUCACGCAAGCCGAAGACAUCGACCCUGAGAACGAGGAGGAAGAUGAGGAAAGCAAACGCAACCGGGUUACACUGGCCAGCCUGAUGGAGAAGAAGAAGAAAGGGUUUAGCUGGUUCAGCCAGUCCUCUGACACUCAUGCGAGUAUGCCGGCGAGCGAGACAGAAUCCAUGAAUACAGAAAAUGAGAAAGGAGAAGAUGAGAAGGCGACAUGUUGUGGCCCGACAUGUCAGAAGAUUUCAAAAUCAAAGUUCAGUCGGCGCUGGCGUCGAUGGAACAGGUUGUGUCGGAGGAAUUGUCGUUUGGCUGUGAAAUCUGUGCCGUUCUAUUGGCUGGUGAUCAUCCUGGUGUUCCUCAACACUUUGACCAUCUCUUCGGAACAUUACAACCAGCCCAUGUGGCUCACGCAAGUCCAGGAUGUGGCCAAUAAAGUGCUGCUGGCCCUGUUCACGUGUGAGAUGUUGGUGAAGAUGUACAGUCUGGGCCUGCAGGCUUAUUUUGUGUCUCUGUUUAAUCGCUUUGACUGCUUCGUGGUGUGUGGAGGCAUCACCGAGACCAUCCUAGUCGAGUUUGAGAUCAUGUCACCUCUAGGCAUCUCAGUGUUUCGAUGUGUGCGACUUCUCAGGAUCUUUAAAGUCACACGUCAUUGGGCCUCUCUCAGUAACUUGGUGGCAUCUCUGCUGAACUCCAUGAAGUCCAUCGCUUCUCUGCUGCUACUGCUCUUCCUCUUCAUCAUCAUCUUCAGCCUCCUGGGUAUGCAGGUGUUUGGCGGCAAGUUUAACUUCGACGAGACGCAAACGAAGAGGAGCACCUUUGACAACUUCCCUCAGGCUUUGCUCACUGUGUUUCAGAUCCUGACUGGUGAAGACUGGAAUGCCGUCAUGUAUGAUGGAAUUAUGGCAUACGGUGGCCCUUCAUCAUCAGGAAUGAUCGUGUGCAUCUACUUUAUCAUUCUUUUCAUUUGUGGAAACUACAUUCUUCUGAAUGUGUUCUUGGCUAUCGCUGUGGACAACCUCGCCGACGCAGAGUCUCUGAACACAGACAGCGACGAUAAGAAGAAAGGUGAUGAAAACGAGGAAAAUGAAGACGAUGCCAAGGCUGGAGAGGAGGACGAGAAGGACAAUGCAGAGGAGGAUGAAGACGAGCCGGACGUUCCUGCGGGGCCCCGCCCACAGAUCUCAGAGCUCGUUAAGAAGGAGAAAAUCACACCAAUCCCAGAGGGCAGUGCGUUCUUCAUCUUCAGCAACACAAACCCAGUUCGUGUCGCGUGCCACAAGCUGAUAAACCACCACAUCUUCACCAAUCUCAUCCUCGUUUUCAUUAUGUUAAGCUCCGCCUCCUUGGCCGCCGAGGACCCAAUCAGAAACUUCUCUGCCCGGAAUAUCAUACUUGGUUACUUUGACUAUGCUUUCACGGCUAUCUUUACUGUAGAGAUCGUGUUAAAGGUCCUAGGCUAUGCAGAUUAUGUCUUCACUAGUAUGUUUACAUUUGAGAUCGUGUUGAAGAUGACCACGUAUGGCGCGUUUCUCCACAAGGGGGCUUUCUGCAGGAACUACUUCAAUCUUCUCGAUCUGCUGGUGGUCGGCGUGUCGCUGGUGUCCUUCGGAAUUCAAUCGUCGGCCAUCUCAGUGGUGAAGAUUCUGAGGGUCCUGAGGGUGCUGCGUCCACUCAGGGCCAUAAACAGAGCUAAAGGACUGAAGCAUGUGGUCCAGUGUGUGUUUGUGGCCAUCAGAACCAUUGGAAACAUCAUGAUUGUCACCACACUGCUGCAGUUCAUGUUUGCCUGCAUUGGCGUACAGCUCUUCAAGGGGAAGUUUUAUCGCUGCAACGAUGAAACCAAGUCCAGCCCGGAGGAGUGCAAGGGAACAUAUAUCCUGUAUAAAGAAGGAGACGUGAACCAGCCGAUCAUUCAGAAGCGUCAUUGGCACAACAGCGAUUUCAACUUUGAUAACGUGCUCAUGGCCAUGAUGGCUCUAUUCACGGUGUCCACGUUUGAAGGCUGGCCGGCGUUGUUGUACAAGGCCAUAGACUCCAACCGGGAGAACCUGGGUCCCAUCUACAAUUACCGUGUGGAGAUUUCCAUCUUCUUCAUCAUCUACAUCAUCAUCAUCGCCUUCUUCAUGAUGAAUAUAUUCGUGGGUUUCGUCAUUGUGACCUUUCAGGAACAGGGAGAGAAAGAGUACAAGAACUGUGAGCUGGACAAGAACCAGCGUCAGUGUGUGGAGUAUGCGUUAAAAGCACGUCCUCUCAGGAGGUACAUCCCAAAGAACCCGUAUCAAUAUAAGUUCUGGUACGUGGUGAACUCCACCGGCUUCGAGUACAUCAUGUUUGUCCUGAUUUUACUCAACACCAUCUGUCUGGCCGUUCAGCACUACGGUCAGUCCGAGCUGUUCAAUUACGUUAUGGAUAUCCUGAACAUGGUCUUCACUGCCGUCUUCACUGUGGAGAUGGUACUCAAACUGAUCGCCUUCAAGCCCCGACAUUAUUUCACUGACGCGUGGAACACGUUUGACGCCUUAAUUGUUGUCGGUAGCGUCGUUGAUAUCGCUAUCACUGAAGUCAACCCCACAGAGGCACCUCAGGUGGAUGAGUCGGGGAACACUGAGGACAGCGCUCGCAUUUCAAUCACCUUCUUCCGUCUUUUUCGAGUAAUGCGAUUGGUCAAGCUGCUGAGCAGAGGAGAAGGCAUUCGAACCCUUCUCUGGACCUUCAUCAAGUCCUUCCAGGCUCUGCCAUAUGUUGCUUUGCUGAUAGCCAUGCUGUUCUUCAUCUACGCUGUCAUUGGCAUGCAGGUGUUCGGAAAAAUUGCCAUGGUGGACCAUACACAAAUCAACAGGAACAACAACUUUCAGACGUUCCCUCAGGCAGUGCUUCUGCUCUUCAGAUGUGCAACAGGUGAAGCCUGGCAGGAGAUCAUGUUGGCAUGCAUGCCCGGAAAGCUGUGUGACCCGGAGUCAGACUAUAAUCCUGGAGAAGAAAUGACCUGCGGGAGCAACUUCGCCAUCAUCUACUUCAUCACCUUCUACAUGCUCUGCGCCUUCCUGAUCAUUAACCUGUUUGUGGCUGUCAUCAUGGACAACUUUGACUAUUUGACCCGGGACUGGUCGAUUCUGGGGCCGCAUCAUCUUGAUGAAUUUAAGAGGAUUUGGUCAGAGUAUGACCCAGAGGCCAAAGGCAGAAUAAAACAUCUUGAUGUAGUGACGUUGUUGCGCCGUAUUCAGCCUCCUCUCGGCUUCGGGAAACUCUGUCCUCAUAGAGUCGCCUGCAAGAGGCUGGUGGCUAUGAACAUGCCUCUGAACAGUGACGGCACUGUUAUGUUUAAUGCUACACUUUUUGCUCUUGUGAGAACUGCACUGAAGAUCAAAACGGAAGGCAACCUAGAGCAGGCGAAUGAAGAGCUCCGAGCUGUGAUCAAGAAGAUCUGGAAGAGAACAAGCAUGAAACUUCUGGAUCAAGUGGUGCCCCCCGCUGGUGAUGAUGAGGUAACGGUGGGGAAGUUCUAUGCCACUUUCCUGAUACAGGACUACUUUAGGAAAUUCAAGAAACGCAAAGAGGAAGGCCUGGUGGGCGUUCACCCAGCACAGAACAACACCGCCAUCGCCCUGCAGGCUGGCCUUCGUACGCUGCAUGACAUUGGGCCAGAAAUCCGCCGUGCAAUAUCAUGUGACCUGCAGGAUGAUGAGCUAGUAGACUUUAUACCAGAGGAGGACGAAGAAAUUUAUAGGCGAAACGGAGGGCUCUUUGGCAACCACAUCAACCACAUAAAUGGAGACCCCCGGAGGAGCUCCGGCCACCAGACAAACGCCACACAGCGCCCCCUGCAGGUGCAGCCGCCUCCACAUUACGCCCACAUGGAACAGCCCGUGGGGCGUCUAGGUCGCGCCAAUGCCAUGGCGCAGCAAAACCACCAUCGCCACCACCACCACCAUCAUCACCAUCAUCAUCAUCACAACUCCUACAACAAGUCGCCCAAGUCUACCAACAUCAACCUCAACAACGCCAACGUGUCUAGCUUACCAAACGGAGGACACAGUCGUUACUAUGAGCACAUGCCUGCUAACGGUUACCCGGGAUCGUACUACGGAGAAUACGACAAGCCCAGGACCCCACACGGACAAAGAAGGCGCUACUAUGAGACGUAUAUUAGGUCGCAAGGCAGCGACAGGAGAAGACCCACUAUACGCCGUGAAGAGGAGUAUGAAGAAGAUCGUUACUCUGGAGAGUACUACAGCGGAGAGGAGUUUUAUGAAGAUGACAGCAUGCUGUCGGGUGAAAGGUACCCCAACAGCGACCAGGAAUAUGAGACGCCACGGGGUUACCAUCAUCCUGACAGUUAUUAUGAGGAUGACGAGCAGCCCCUUUAUCAUGAUUCACGUAGGUCACCAAAGAGAAGACUGCUUCCUCCGACACCGCAAGGUAAUCGGAGGCCGUCGUUUAAUUUUGAGUGUCUACGCAGACAGAGCAGUCAAGACGAUCUUCCUCACCAGCGCACCGCUCUUCCAUUACAUCUCAUGCAGCACCAGGUGAUGGCGGUAGCGGGUCUAGACUCGAGCAGGGCUCACAGGCUUUCACCUACUCGAUCUACCAGAUCAUGGGCGUCACCUCCUCCCACUCCUGCAAGUAAAGACCAUACCCCGUACUACACGCCGCUUAUCCGCGUGGACCGUCCUCUGAGAGACAGCGCCCACAGCAGCCACUCAUCCAUCAGGAAGAGCUCGUGGUAUACAGACGACCCCGAGUACCAGAGGAAUUUCUCGCCCGUUCACCUGCAGGUCCCACCCGAGUACAGAAACCAGUACCACCAGAAGAGAGGCAGCGCUACCAGCCUGGUCGAGGCGGUCUUGAUAUCAGAAGGACUGGGUCGCUACGCCAAGGAUCCGAAGUUCGUGGCCGCCACGAAGCACGAGAUUGCAGACGCGUGCGAGAUGACUAUUGAUGAAAUGGAGAGCGCCGCCAGCCAUCUUCUGAACGGCGGAAUUACGCCGGGAGUCAACGGCGUCAACGUCUUUCCCAUAAUGGGCCCCAGAGACUACGAGAUGCAGGAUGUCUCGGCUAGCUACAGCGAUGAGGAACCAGAAUCCGAACCCAGACCGCAGUACGAGGAGGACCUGGCGGACGAAAUGAUAUGCAUUACCACUUUAUAGCACCUGGUUAGCGGCUGCUGCUGUUCCUCAGAAACUGAUCAGUGAAACAAACCAAUCUAAAGUAGAUUUACCGGCUUACUACCUAAAGAAGUGCCUUCACAGCAGAGCAGAAAGGCACCACAAGAACGGACGCGUCGGUGCCGCUCGCUCGCUCACUUCCUGUUCGCGCAGGAACUUGGCAGGUCCCGGCGCCGGGGAGGAGCUAAUUCGAACUCUGGAGGUGAACUUUAAUUGGCUGCUUGUACUGUCACUGCAGGAAAUGGACCAAUGAGCAGCGUGGGGGCGGGGUGGGAGGGGGGGGUCAGGCUGUUUCCACGGUGAUGACAAUCAAAACGAAUGUCAUUACCUCAGUCACUUUAUUAAGGGUUUUGCAUAUCAAGCACGUUGCAAGCUCAAUGCAAGCUAAGUACGGCAUAUCCCUCAAACAAAGGCUUUAGUUUCGACUCGCCCCGUACGACUAUUUUAGUACCGUUUAAGGUCAAGUGCAUAUUUUAGAGAACAAACGCUAAUUCUACAGCACUGGUUUACAAUAAGGAUAUCAUGCAGGUUUGUGGAUUUAGAGAGGAUUUCAGCAUUUGUGUUGAAUGCACUAGCAGACAGGUUAUUUUUUUAAUUUAGGAUAGCCUGUUUGAUAUUUCAUAAAAUGCUGUAAAUGACUUGUAAUAUAUAAAGCAAAAGAGAACUUUGUAAAGAGACAUUAUAUAUUUUGUAAUUAUGUACUGUACAAAAAAAGGAAAUCAGCAAUAUUAAUCCUAAUUGAUGUUACUGCAUUACAAAAAAGACGAAAUUUGGUGUUAUUUUAAUAGGUACUGUAAUUUAUUAUUAAAUUCUUUGCCUUUAUUCUUUGCUCAUAUGCAUUCUUACUCGUUUGUGAAAAGUAUAGAACAAAAAAGCCAAUUUUCUAUGAGGUUACGUCUGUGACACACCCGCACAAGAUAUGCAAGUUGUUUUCUCGGUGUCCGUUUCUUAAGCGUAACCAACGUAGUGUUCCUUUUAAAGUCUACGGCAUGCAGUAUGGGGCACGAGAGUCGACCCCCCCUCCCUUUCUCCCCCUUUAUGAGGACUAUAGUAGGGCUUACAGAAUCGUGUCUUAAUCGUGCUCUUGUUUGUGUAGAUUGAACGAGUCUGUCGAAUAGGACUUCCCGCUUCAAGGGUUCGCGUUUCGUUGCAUAUUUUGUGCCGGGGAGGUGCACAGGAAGGUGCAAUGGUAAAUGCUUUGUGCAUUAACAAUGCUGCUUAAUUAGUCUGCAAUUAAACUGUACGACCCUCACCAGGAACAUGCUGCCACUCGGAAAAGCCUGCUGCCACUGGCUGAUCUAUGAAUAGCCGAUCUAGGAAUAGCGCACUACGGCAAGGGUUCUGGAUUAGCGAAUCGUUUCUACCACUAACGUAUUUAGGUGUGCUUUGGAUACUGAAAUCUUCCUUUAGUUUUGUAAUGAUGUUGAUUACGAUGACAAAAUGUGACGACGGGGGAGUUAUAGGUUGCUUUGAGUGCAUGCUCGCGUUGUGAAUCCUUAACGGAACAGUUCAGGCAAAAACGAAGAUUCUGUCUUUAUUCGCCGACUGUCAAAUUGUUUCUUACCCGGUGGAAAAAAUUGGGUUUUGGAAGUAAACAAUCCUUGACAAAAUUAUUUUUGUUUAUAACUGCUAGCUACAAGGUUGUUAAAGUUUUCUUGAAGCCAUUUUUUCACUUUAACUUUUGCGUCUAACAGCUGAAAAACUACAUUACCCAUGAUUCCAUACAGAAAAUUUAAUUAAUUACAGUCACAUCACUCAUGAGAUAUUCAUAUAUAUGCAUUAUUUUGCAAUAAACUGAAACUUUCUACACACAUAAUCCACAGCUUAAUAGUUUGUCGUCUUUUUUUUUUUUUUUUCGUAUUUGACUGACAUUUGCUGUGCUUCAUGGGAUUGUAGUUGUUUCCCCUCAUUUAAGUCUUCAGAUCUUUUUGUCUGAUUUUCCGUAUACUUAUUCUUUAAAUAAAAGGUUGUAACGUGAUUCACCUUGUAGCUGGUUGGUUUGAUUCGUGACUUGUAAUUCUUUUUUUUUUUUUUUUUUUUUUUUUUUUUUAGAAUUAUGGAAAAAAUACUUCCAGAACCAAUGCGACUGAAAAAGUCGGCAGCUGCUAAUACACAGUACUUUCCUGCUCAGAAGUUAUUAUAUAGCAUUCUUCUAUUUAAAAUGGUAAAAGAAAUAAAAUAUAAAAUGCACACCUUAAAAAUGCAAUGGAUAAAACCAUCUGCCAGUUGCAUUAUUGUAAUGGAAAUGUAAUCAAAUGACUUACGCUGCAAAAGUGGCACAGAAGCACUUCUGAAGUGGCAUUUAGAUGUUUCAUUCAGCUUAGAGGUGGAGUAAAUGCAUUUACACAGAUACAAACUCGGGGAAUGGGGGCGUGUCAAUGACAGAAUUUCCUUUUUUGGGUGUACUGUUCCUUUAAGCAGGACAAGAAACCGGUUAAGCAAUACUUUUCCCCUUAUUUGUUUUGUUAUACUAUUUUCUUUUUUUUCCACCUUUCACUUAAGCUCCGGCUUCUGGAAAUACCUCUUUUGAUGCAGGGGAAACAUAUCAGCAUUUGAAUCUUCUUUGUGAGCGUUUAUGCCUUUAAGGUGUUGUAAAUCUGUCCUUAGGCCUCAACUUGGGAUACAUCAAUUCAGUUGACCUUUUGUCAUUUCUAACAGGCAAAUGAAUGCUGAUCAAUGCUGACUUAAUGCAUUAUGGGCAAAAAAAGGGCAAAAACAAAAAAAAAAAAAGUUUGACUGCAAAGGCCACUGCCUUGAAGUGUAAAGCUUCAGUACAGCUUAAAUAAAGGGAAAUGUGGGGUUUGUUGAAAUUGUUGUUCUUGAGUGUUAUUGAUCUCUUGUGUUUUGGAAGAGUACUGUGCUUUUCAGUCAACCGAAUACUGUCAUGAAACACUGCGUGUGCACAUCUGAAAGGGCUCUCUGAAAUGAUCCGUGCGGAAAAAAAAAAGAAACAAAAAAAGAAAAAAACAUGACGUUGUGUUCUGGUCUUCAUGUCAAUUAUACUGUAUCUUGUAAACGGACCAAUGCACAUUCUUGGCACAUUGUACUAUUCGUAGCAAUUACUGGUAAGGACAAUAAAAUAUGCAUUAUUUUUAAUAAACAAAAAAAAUCUUUUCAAAAAAGAAAAAAAAAAAAAACUUAAACUAAAGAUUUAUCUUUUACCUCGUGUCAGGGACUCCUGAAAAGAAAGAAAAAAAAUUUGGUUUCUUAAUAUACCAAUGGGAUUUUAAUAUUAGCACAUUGCUGUUCGUCUUUGCACAAAUUACUGUAACGUGCAAUUUGUUUUUUCUGUUUUCUAUCCAUAUUUUGUGUAUCAAGGUGGGCGAAUUUUGUACUAUUUUCUGUGACUGUGCGUACGGUUUAGUGAAAUCUAUAUUUGUCAUUUUACAUUUCACUUUUCAGUGCUGGAGUGGGUCAGACAGAAGGAGCGGGAAAAGGUGCACUCCUCUGUACUGUUAACAUUGACAUGUUAACCAAAAAAAAAAAAAAAAAAAAAAGGAAAAAAGUAUUAUACGAUUUUCAGAGCCGCAUCUGUUGAUUAUCACAUUUUCAUCUAGAGUUGUUGCUACUACUAUUAUAUACUUUUUCUUAUUAAUGCUGUAAGGAAACAUAAGAUUAUAGUGUAACAUAUGUACAGAAGUAACGGGAAGAUGCGUGGUGAUGUUCUCCAUUUGAAAGUCUUUAUCUUUGAUCUGUUAUGGUUUUUAUUCCAUGAGGAAAAAGGAAAAAAAAGGUUUUCUCUUCGUAGCAGAUGACUUAUAAUAUCCCUCUAGGUUUUGUAUUGAUACAUUUUUUGUAAUUUUCCUAUUUAUUUUGGCCUGGACUUGAUUUUAAUCAAUAUUGAAAUUUUAUUUUCUAAUGAUUAAUACAGAAUAAACUUAAUGAAUAAACUAA